CUCAAAAGAAAAUGUCACGGGCCUUGGUCCACUCUUCGUUACACUAUCCCCGUCAGCUACUUCUCUUCUCCCGCUCCAUUCCUUCCUCCCGGACUUCUCUUUUCACCGGCGAAGCUAUCGGACAAUCGCCGGCGACCGGAUGUGGGCAGCAAUCCCUGACAACCAUCAACUGUUUCCAAUCUAGAGGAGUAAAGAACUCAAAUUCUGAAGUUUGGAAAGGCUUUAAGAGGACUGGAAUCAACCUUCAGAAGGACUCUAUAACAGCUCAAAUGGAAAUGGAACCGUCCAAAGCUGCAGCAGAGGAUUUAACCUCCACUGCCUCAGCUACUAACAGCAAUGCCACAGGCUCGUCGGUUGAGGAGGUGGUGGUUCAGUACUUGGUGUUAAGAAGAGACCUGAUAGACACAUGGCCACUGGGAAGCAUUGUUACGCAGGGCUGCCAUGCUGCGGUUGCUGCAAUUUGGUCCAAUAAGGAGGACCCUGUCACCCUCCAGUAUUGUGCCCCUGCCAAUCUUGACUCUAUGCACAAGGUAACACUGGAAGUUAAAGGUGAAGCCCAGAUAUUAAACUUGUCUGGAAAACUAAAAGAAGGCGGCAUUGCUCAUAAAUUGUGGAUUGAACAACCAGAGAAUAUCCCUACCUGUCUUGCGAUAAAACCUUAUCCAAAAUCACUCGUAUCAUCAUUCUUCAAAAGGCUAAAGCUCUGUAAGUGAAAACCUUCUCCCAACUUGAUGAAUGUGAAGCUGCCAUUUGAUCUUGUUUUGUAUUUUUCAUGGCCUGGCCCAUGAACUUUUUUGGUUUUAUUUUGUAAGUUUUGGUCAUCUGAAUUUAUCUCUUAUGACAAAUUUUAUAUACUGAAACAAUGAAGAAGAAUUCUUUACUUUUGACAGUCCUUUUUACCA